GGCCCAAAAAAGUUUUGAUUUUGAUGAGUGACACUGGUGGUGGGCAUCGAGCUUCCGCUGAAGCUAUCAAGGCUGCUUUCUAUGAAGAUUUGCUUGGAGAAAUUUCUCGAUUAGAACUUGCCCAAAAGCAUUUGCUGGAAGUGGAUGACCUAGCAGUGGUAAUGAAUUCAAAGCACCAACCACGCUGCAUUAUUGAGUUUAUAUCGCAGAAACUGAUGUCGUGGGACAAGAAAAUGAACCAAGGCACGCUCCUGGAGGAAGCGUACAAGUACGUGAGGUUUCUUCAGGCGCAGUUCCGCUUGCUACAGUCGAUGCCCUCCCAUUCAUCUUCUUCCUCGCCUUCCUUCUGCCAAAACUCAACAGUAUUCCUCGCCUUCUCUUUCGAACAAUUUUCUCUCCUCAGAAGAAUUAUCAGAUAGGAGGCACCACCACCGUAACCAUGUUUCCCCCAAAUCUAUUUUCAACUAAGCUUAGAUUCUGCCUUCUGCACGUUUCCCCCAAAUCU